AUGCGUUCCAGAAGUAACAGUGCAGAAAGCCCAACCAGACCAAAGCUGUACCAGCAAAGGCCAAAAGGCCACCACGAAGAAGAGACAGGUUACAGUGGGAAAGGAAAUGUGCAAGGAAGGCUGAAGGAGAAGGACGAUGCACCCCAAGCCAGCACCAUCCUAAGAAGCCCUAAGGCGGAGAAAAAAGAAAGUUCUUUCAAGAAAAGAGAGGAUCUCUCUCGUGAUGACUUGUUAUUUCUACUUAGUGUCCUCGAGGGUGAAUUGCAGGCUCAGGAUGAAGUUAUUGGAGUACUUAAGGCUGAAAAAAUUGACUUGGCUUUACUUGAAGCUCAAUACGGCUUUGUCACUCCCAAGAAGGUAUUAGAGGCCCUCCAGCGAGAUGCUAUUCAAACAAAGGCUGCGCAAUGGCAAGAAGAUAUCUAUGAAAAGCCUAUGGGAGAGCUUGAUAAAGUUGUAGAGAAACAGAAAGAAACUCACAGACGAAUGCUGGAGCAACUUCUAAUGGUAGAAAAAUCACACAGACAGACUCUGUAUGAACUAGAGGAAGAGAAGAGAAAGCACAGUGAAUUCAUGGAAAAAAGUGAUGAGUUUACAAGCCUACUGGAACAAGAACGUGAAAGAUACACCCAUCUCUUAGAGACAGAGCUAAACAACCAUGGUUGCUAA